CGCCCCCCCACUCCCUCAGGCCCCUUUUACACCCACGUGUCAAACGUGUGCGUUGUGUAAGAAGACCUGUGAAGACGAGAGUGAGGACCGGUGAGGGCUGGGAGACGUCACGUAGGCAAUUCCGUUGGAGAAAUCGUUAGAAUUAAGUAGUGUGCGACUGGGUUCAGGUGUGAGUGGUAGUAUACUUCAGUUAGUAUCAGAGUUUUUCAGAAUGAGUGAUCGAGAGGUUUUUAUCGUCUCAGCUGUGAGAUCACCAACGGGUUCAUAUAAAGGAUCAUUGUCAACUCUCAGAGCACAUGAAAUAGGAAGUUUUGUCAUCAGGGAGGCUCUCAACAGAGCUAAAGUACAGCCUGAGGAAGUGACAGAGGUCAUUUUGGGACAGGCAGCAACAGCAGGACAGGGCCAGAAUCCUGCUCGACAAGCUGCAAUUGGUGCUGGCAUUCCUGUCACUGUUCCGGCCUGCCUUAUCAAUCUGCUUUGUGGAUCUGGAAUUAAGACUGUACACUUAGGCACUCAAGCAAUCAUGAAUCGUGAUUCUGACAUAGUGGUGUGUGGCGGACAGGAAUCAAUGAGCCAGGCCCAUCACACCGUCUUUAUGAGACAAGGAAUGAACGGACAUCAACAGCUGACUGAUUCCGUGGUGCAUGAUGUUCUUACAGAUGCCUUUCUUGGUGUUCUGAUGGGCAAUACCGCUGAAAAUAUUGCUAAGAAAUAUGAAAUUUCAAGGGAAGAUCAAGAUAAAUUUGCUGCAGAAUCUCAGCAGAGAGUAGAGCAUGCACAGAAAGCUGGCUAUUUUGAUAAGGAAAUCAUUCCAAUUACUGUAAAUGAUAAGAAAGGCUCAGUUGUGGUUGACAAAGAUGAGCCUCCUCGACAUGGCACUACAGUAGAAGUUCUCAAGAAGUUGAGACCAGCUUUUCAAAAGGAUGGUGGUACUGUAACAGCAGGUAAUUCUUCUACAUAUGGCGAUGCUGCAGCUGCCGUGGUCCUCAUGGGAGCCGAUGUAGUUAAAAGUCGAGGUAUUACUCCUAUUGCCAGAGUGGUUGCAUAUGCCCAAGUGGGUGUGGAUCCUGCAUACAUGGGAAUAGGACCUGUUCCAGCACUAACUUUAGUUCUGAAGAAAGCAGGCUGGAAUAAGGAGGAUGUUGACUUAUUUGAGUUCAAUGAGGCAUUUGCUGCACAAUCUGUUGCAGUUUUACGAGAACUUGGCAUUGAUUCAAAUAAAGUAAAUAUUUGCGGUGGUGCAAUUGCUUUGGGUCAUCCAAUAGCGGCAUCAGGAACCCGCAUACUUGUGACGCUGCUCUAUGCCCUUGAAAGGACAGGAGGAAAGCGGGGAGUGGCAGCCCUCUGUGUAGGAGGCGGAAUGGGAGUUGCUUUAUGUGUGGAGCGGUGCUAGCUUGUGCAUUAUGCUUCUGUCAUUUCUGAUUAAGAUGAUCAGUAUUGUAUAAUGUCUGACAUAGAAAAUGUGUCAAGUAUUUGGUAUGUCACAUAAUUUAGUAUUAAGCAUUUCAGAAUGGGAGUUACUUUGUGCAUGGAGCAGUGCUAAAUUGUGCUUUUGUCAUUUCUGAUCAAGAUUAGUAUUAUAAUGUCUGAUACAGAAAAUCUAUGAAGUAUUUGGUACAUCAGGUAAUUUAGUAUUAAAUGUAUCAGAGUAUUACCCAUGUAAAAUAUUCCAUUUUUAAUAAUACAUAUAUUUCUACAUUUUA